AAUUAUAACCAUGAAAUAUGGAAAGAUGGUUUUCGCCUGUAUAUAUGUUGCAUGUGUGUGUGAUUGACAGUAAUGCGUCUCCUCUGUGCUCUUAGUGUUUUUAGAUCUCUCAGCCGCCACAGUGUUCCUCAGGAUGUACAGCUUUAUGGGAGGGGGUUUGUUCUGUGCCAUCGUGGCCAACAUCCUGUUGGUGGUCUCCACGGCGACGGACUACUGGAUGCAGUACAGACUGUCCGGGAGCUUCGCUCACCAGGGCCUGUGGAGAUACUGCAUGUCUGGCAAAUGCUACACGCAGACCGACAGUAUUGCUUACUGGAACGCAACCCGGGCCUUCAUGAUCCUCUCAGCGAUGUCGUGUUUUGCGGGAAUCAUCGCAGGCAUCCUCUCCUUCGCUCACUUCUCCGCCUUUGAGAGAUUCAAUCGUUCCUUCGCUGCAGGAAUCAUGUUUUUCAUUUCCACACUCUUCGUUCUGCUCGCUAUGGCAAUCUACACCGGCGUGACGGUGAACUUCCUCGGGAAGCGUUUUGGUGAUUGGCGUUUCUCAUGGUCUUACAUUCUGGGCUGGGUCGCUCUGCUCAUGACCUUUUUUGCUGGUAUAUUUUACAUGUGUGCCUACAGGAUGCAUGAAUGCCGAAGAGUGGCUGGCCCUCGCUAAAACAAAAGAGAAGCAAACACUGUGUCUAAACAUGUAUAUACAGGUGUUCGGUUAUCCGAUCCCAUUUAAAAAGUAUUAACAAAAGUUGCCUUAAAGACACUUCUUCCUCUGCAGGUUUUCCCGAUUUCUUUAGUCUUUAUCCCAAUCAUGCAAUGCAGAAUAAAUCCAUAUCAUUGUUCAUGCACAGAGACUAAAUCUCAAAUAAAAUCUCAGACUAUUCUCA